AUGAAGCAAGAUGGGAAGAAGGCCACGAAGGAAAAUACGGCCCACCUGCAAAAACGCCAAAUGGUGACACAGGACUACCACGCCAAAUCACAAAAUCAGGGAAAAAACCAAAAGGGCGGAAACAAAAACGAAGAAGAAAUGGAAAAAUUUACGAAGAAUGAACCACCCCCCUGCUGCAAUGAAUUGUCCACUUCCCGGGGAAACACCAACAAUGCCGAAUCGAAACGGAAUCUGCAAAACCUGCUGGGGUCAUACUACUCCAGUGAUGAAGAAAGCGAAAGGGAGUCCCAACAGAGAGAGGACCUCACGCAGGGAGAUGCUGCUGGGCAAAGGGGUAAAUAUCAGGGAGACAGUCAAACCGAUAGUGACACGGAGGAUGAGCAUAACACUGAUAAUAAUCAUAGUGAUGGUGCUCCCGAUGAUGAAGGUGAAGCGAGGCAGACAAAACAACAAACAGAACAGAGUAGAGGCAACCAUGAGAAGACGCCAAAGGAAAAGGAGGAAGAGCCCCCCCGACCCCUGCGAAGUACAGGUAGGCACUACCCAUAUGAUGGGAGCCACCAGUAUGUGUAUAACUGUGGCACGUCUACCCAUCCGAAGGGAAGCCUAAACAACCUCUCCCUCACCAACUAUGGCUUUUCAACGAAAAAAGAAAUCAACGUGGAUCUGGAAAAUAUCCCUGUGAUAGAUCAGAGACAAAUUCUGAGUGAUUGGAAACCUACUAUCACAGAGGAAAAAAAAAAAAGUCAGAAAUAUAACAUAAAAACAAAGGUGUAUAAUGCGGCUAGUAACACCUUCGAUAAGGUAAUCAUUCACGGGAAUAAACAGAAGCGCAAACAUCAGAUAAACUGGCUAGCAAAAGAAGCCGUGGAAAAGGAAUAUGAAAUUUUGCAGAAGACAAAUUACAACAAAAGAAGGACCACGAACGAUAAAUAUGGGUGGUAG